AAGAGAGAAACAACACCCAACAACUAAGGAGAGGGGAUACGAAAGAAAGAAAAGAAACCCACCCACCCACUCCUAAAAAAAAAAAAAAACCACCCCUGUGGCGCGCCGCCUGGUUCCCGGGAAGACUUGCCAGCGCCAGGGGGUGGGGGCGCGAGCGGAAAGCUGCCGGAGAGUGAGCGGCCCUAGCAGGGAUGGACAUGAUGCUCUUGGUGCAGGGUGCUUGUUGCUCGAACCAGUGGCUGGCGGCGGUGCUUCUCAGCCUGUGCUGCCUGCUCCCCUCCUGCCUCCCGGCUGGACAGAGCGUAGACUUCCCCUGGGCGGCCGUGGACAACAUGAUGGUCAGAAAAGGGGACACGGCGGUGCUUAGGUGUUAUUUGGAAGAUGGAGCUUCAAAGGGUGCCUGGCUGAACCGAUCAAGUAUUAUUUUUGCCGGAGGCGAUAAGUGGUCAGUGGAUCCUCGGGUUUCAAUUUCAACAUUGAAUAAAAGAGAUUACAGCCUCCAGAUACAGAAUGUAGAUGUGACAGAUGAUGGCCCAUACACGUGUUCUGUUCAGACUCAACAUACACCGCGAACAAUGCAAGUGCACCUAACUGUGCAAGUUCCUCCGAAGAUUUAUGACAUCUCAAAUGACAUGACCAUCAAUGAAGGAACCAAUGUCACUCUUACAUGCCUGGCUACCGGAAAGCCAGAACCUUCCAUUUCCUGGCGGCAUAUCUCCCCAUCAGCAAAACCAUUUGAAAAUGGACAAUAUUUGGACAUUUAUGGAAUUACGAGGGACCAGGCUGGGGAAUAUGAAUGCAGUGCAGAAAAUGAUGUGUCAUUCCCAGAUGUGAAGAAAGUAAAAGUUGUCGUGAACUUUGCUCCUACAAUUCAGGAAAUUAAAUCUGGCACGGUGACCCCGGGACGUAGUGGAUUGAUAAGAUGUGAAGGUGCAGGUGUGCCGCCUCCGGCCUUCGAAUGGUACAAAGGAGAGAAGAAGCUCUUCAAUGGCCAACAAGGAAUUAUUAUUCAAAACUUUAGCACAAGAUCCAUUCUCACCGUUACUAACGUGACACAGGAGCACUUCGGCAACUAUACUUGUGUGGCUGCCAACAAGCUCGGCACGACCAAUGCGAGCCUGCCUCUUAACCCUCCAAGUACAGCCCAGUAUGGAAUUACCGGGAGCGCUGACGUUCUUUUCUCCUGCUGGUACCUUGUGUUGACACUGUCCUCUUUCACCAGCAUAUUCUACCUGAAGAAUGCCAUUCUACAAUAAAUUUAAAGACCCAUAAAAGGCUUUUAAGGAUUCUCUGAAAGUGCUGAUGGCUGGUCCCAAUCUGGUACAGUUUGUUAAAAGCAGCGUGGGAUGUAAUCAGCAGU